UAUGCGUUUUUUUUUUUCAUUACAGAAUCUUGUUCUUGGUUAAAAAAAAAUACAUAUAUUUUCAAGCUCUUUGCUUGUGAAUGGAGUUAUACUUUUGUUGGAGUGCCCUUUUUGAAUUUUAAGGUUGGUUUUCCUCGGAUUACAGUGACAGUAAAUGUUCAGUUCAGGUUUGAAACCAAAUUGUAGCAUGCUACUGGAUUCAGUUUCCCAGUGUAUCUCAACAUGAGCUUCUGCAUGCUAAUGUUGAUGUAGUUUUUCUAGAAACUAGAUGCCCGUGGAAAAUUUUCUUUCAGAUUUUUAUCAUGAGGUGGCUCUGGUAGGACAGACAGAUACUUUUCUCUGCAUGCAGUUCCCAACUGCUGGGACAGUAAGAUCAUGAGAAUGUUUAGCUGUUAUCUUUUUUCUUUCUGAUCAUCGGUGAAAACUCAAUAUGAGUGGCAUGAAUGAAGUCCAGUCCAGUCCCAUGAGCAAUAAAAUGAAAAAUCCAGAAAACCAAACAAAUAGUAAUGGUAGAGAUGCCACACCUGGGAGUGAUCUCUGGACAGAUGGACUUAUUUGUGCUUUUGAAUAUGUUACAUCCCAUAGGAGGAUAAGUAGGUCAAAAUAUGGCUCGAAGAUUCAAAGUGUGCAACAAAUAGAAGGUGAGAAUAUGAAGAAGCAAGUGCCUGAGAACAAAGUAUCCAGGGCUUCUGCUCAAAACUUAAUUAGAAAACAUCGAUCGGAAUCUGCAUCACUUGUUGAGUUGGGACCUGAUCAUGUUGCUUCUUUGGAUAAUCACAUAGACCAUCAGUUUUAUCAGUCAGAUCGCUAUCAUAUGACAGAAAGAUCUUCAGGAAGUCACUGGGUGCCAAUUGGGUGGGCUAGAAUUUCUGAACUCGUCCAAACCGUGCGAGUAGAUGCUGGCUGGGCCUUGCAGCAGUUUGAGGUCACGGAUGAUGAGGAUGAACGUUCUGCUGCAGAUUUAGCAGCUCCUUACUGGGAGCAGCCUGCAGGACCUGUAUGGUGGUGCCAUGUGGCUGCAGGUCACCGGUUUAUUGACACAUGGCUCAGCAAUGCUCAAUGGUUACAUCCUGCUAUCAGAACUGCUUUGCGAGAUGAAAGUCGACUGAUCAGUGAGCGGAUGAAGUACCUUUUAUAUGAGGUCCCUGUAAGAGUUGCUGGAGGGCUAUUAUUUGAGCUUUUAGGGCAGUCCGCAGGUGAUCCAUUUCACGAUGAAGAUGACAUCCCAAUUGUGCUUCGAUCUUGGCAUGCACAACGAUUUCUAAUAACUGCAUUGCACAUAAAGGGAACUGCAUCAAGCAUAAAUGUAUUAGGUAUCACAGAAGUACAGGAAGCACUUUCUGCUGGGGGUUAUAAUCAGCCAAAAACAGUACAUGACAUAAUAGCACUACUAAUGACCCGACUUUCUCGUUGGGAUGAUAGAUUAUUCCGGAAGUCCAUAUUUGGGGCUGCAGAUGAAGUUGAAUUGAAGUUUAUGAACAGGAGACACCAAGAAGAUAUGAAUCUUUUGAGCAUAAUUUUUAACCAAGAAAUCAGAAGGCUAUCAAGACAGGUGAUCAGAGUGAAAUGGUCACUCCAUGCAAGAGAGGAGAUUGUUUUUGAGCUUCUCCAACAUUUGAGGGGAGAUGUGGCAAGAAGCUUGCUGGAGGGGAUAAGGAAGAAUACUAGGGAAAUGAUUGAGGAGCAAGAAGCAGUUCGGGGUCGCUUGUUUACUAUUCAGGAUGUCAUGCAGAGCACCGUUCGUGCUUGGUUGCAGGAUAGAAGCCUUCGAGUAACACAUAAUUUGGCUGUUUUUGGAGGAUGCGGUCUUGUUCUUUCCAUCAUCACAGGGCUAUUUGGAAUUAAUGUUGAUGGGAUCCCUGGAGCUUCUGGGACACCAUAUGCAUUUGGUCUAUUCGCAGCCAUCCUUGUCCUCAUAGGAAUCAUUCUAAUUGCACUUGGGUUACUUUACCUUGGGCUGAAAAAGCCCGUCAGUGAAGCGCAGGUUCAAGUUCGGAAAUUGGAGCUGCAACAGUUAGUUAAGAUGUUCCAGCAUGAAGCAGAAACACAUGCCCAGGUGAGUAAAUCUCGUCCUCGGAAUAACCUGACCCCAACUGCUGCAGAUAUAAUACCGGCUGAUGCUGAUUAUGUUCUCAUCCAGUAAAAGGCACUCUGAUCAUUAAAGUUCAGAGUUACAACAUUUAAUGCUUGAAGCUCAAAGAGGACACAGGAGGGAGGUGUUUUUAAAUUACAACUGCUAUUACCAUCAAGUUUGAUAUUACCAAAUAUUGCAGUAGGGGCACAGGCUUGUCAUUUAAUGUUGAAGGAAUUUGAACAUGUCUGCACAAUGAAUCUCUAUUUUUUACUUCCGUAUAGAGGAAACUUUAUCUCCAGAAGAAA